AUUAUUUUCUGAUGUUACAUUAAACUGUGACAUUUUACGUUAUUCAAACGGUAGUAACCUGGAGUGAAGAAAAUCUGCAAAAAUAAUCAUGGCUGUAUUGAUAGACAAGAUGCUACGGGUGGAUGGAUGUACCCUCUGCAUGGGGAGGAAACUGGCAUAUGGAGAAAUGAACACUAGCUUUCCAUCAACUGCAGUGGAUACCAUGUGUAAAUUAGCAAGGAUUUAUUACUAGUGCAGUGUCUUAUUUAAUAACAUUGUAUUUAUAAUAAAAUUUUAAGAUGCCUAUUUGAAUAAAAAUGUUUAUCAAAAUAUUUUAAUGUGUGGUUUAACAAUGUCAUUAUUCACCAGCAAAAAUGUCACAAUUAACUCUCUGAUGCUCUCAGUGAAAGAAACUUGUAAAAUAGGUACACUUUAGUUACAGAUUUGUUUAUGGUGACUUAUGCUGUAAAGUGGAUGAAGAAAAGGGGACAGUGAAUAGAUUUCUCUUAGCAUUAAUGCAGAUCUUGAAUUUCAUUAAUGAGAGUCAUAUUCCAAACAGAUUUGCUAUUUACCUAGUUUACAUUCGAAGGGGAAAUCAGCUGGCAAAUAUUGAGAUAACUUCUUAUAACUUCUUCUAAAGAGGUUUAGACAAAGGUUGCCAGUCAAGCAGUUUAUUUCCUUUUAUUUAUUAAUAUAUAUCACUAUUAUUCCAUUACUAUUGUCUAUCAGGAUGUAUAUAAAAGAGCUGUGGGAAAUGGAUCAAAGUAUGGUAAAAAAAAAUUAGCCACUAAACUUUAUGUUUACUGUAUUGAUCAGUAGGUAAUUUAUUAAAUGAAUUUCCUUAUGCAGUACAGUGUAGUGUUAAGUAUUCAAGAGGACAGGAUAUAGAUUGGCAGGCCUGCGAGGACAGUUAUGGCGGCGGGCCCGGCACUUGGACAAGAGGGUUUAUGUGAUCUUGGAAAUAUGCGUACCAAUACCGACAUAACAUGGUGGCAGCGGUAUUUCCUACGCCGGUAUUAAUCGUAGUGUUUUCCGCAGUGUUAAUCUUCGGGCCGACAUGGUAGUCGGCGUGUGCGCAUCAUUCAAGUGCCAGUAAAACCGGGACCCACGCAUCGUGUUUAGUGGUGGGCUUACCUGUUACUUUUGAGUAUCAGUGAAAUCGGUUCCAGUGAAAUUUAUGUUCCUGUGAAAUUAAACGGUGAACGGUGAAAUCUCUCUCUAGUAAUGCUCGUAAUCGUAAACUCCUUCCUCGCACCAAAAAAUGGUGAAAUAAAGGGGAUAAGUGAAAUCACUGCCUCUCGGUGAAUGAUGAAAUUAAAUACAUGCAAUGUUUUUCACAGAAACCUUUCAUUUUGUUUUGAGUUUAUUUCGAGUUAAAAUUGAAAAAUACUACAUAAUUAUUAUUUUAAUUUUUUUUUAAUAAUAUUGAUUCCAUAUUUAUAUCCCUGUCCUUUCAGUUCAAUAAUAUAACGAACACAUAUUAAUUUUAAAACAAUUAUGAGAAUUCAUUAUCUUCCGUGAUAUUCUGCUAGGCUUUCAUUCGGUGAACGGUGAUUUUUUUUUACUGUAAUUAUUACAAGUAUGCAAUUCGUAUACUCCACAUACAGUUUUACUUCAAAAUAUAUACAUAAAAAAAUUAUUGUACUAAGACUGAAAACGUCAGAAACUCAAUUCAACGAUUAUGUGGACACUAAAAGCUAGUGGUCGUAUUACUGUACGUAAUCAAUUUCACCGAAUUUCACUGAUACUUGUAGAAACUGGUCGCAGGUAUACCCGUGAAAUUUUGAUAUCGGUGAAAAAGUAACAGGUAUGGAUUUCACUGCCCACCACUAAUCGUGUUUUGGAGGUGUACAACAUGGCAACUUCGGCGCAAUUUCACAUUGUUCCGCCAGAAAAUUUUGAUUUUCGUGCGCUGGCGGACUGGCCAAAAUGGAUCAAACGUUUUGAACGUUUUCGGGUGGCGUCGGAACUUUGCAAUAAGUCGGAAGACAGCCAAGUCAACAUGUUGUAUUGCAUGGGUUCCGAGGCGGACGAAAUGCUAGAAUCAUUUGCAUUGUCUGCGGAAGAUAUCAAGAAGUACAGUGUAGUGAAGUCACGGUUUGAUAAGUUUUUCACGGUAAAGAAAAACAUAAUCUAUGAACGGGCAAAAAUUUUUAAGCGGCGUCAACAGAGUGGUGAGCCGGCCGAUGUAUUUAUAAACGAUGUUUUUAAGAUGGCCGAAUCUUGCAACUUACGGGAUCUUAAGGACGAGCUCGUAACGACGGUAUUGGUGAUAGGUGUUGCGGAUGAUAAGCUGUCGGAGUCGCUCCAGAUGGACCAAGAUCUAACGUCAGCACGAGCGGUCACACGGAUUCGACAAGCGGAACUGGUACGAAAUCAGCAAACCCUUGUUCGGGCACAGGAUGCCAUGGUCGAAACAGUCCAACACAGCAAAAGCCAACCCGAUUUUAAGCGGCGUUACAGAUGGAAUAAGGAGACAGCGCAGCAAGAGAAAGCAGGUACAAGUAAUGUAAGUGGUUCCAGUCCCAACAUAACCACCAAAUGUUCCAAAUGUGGAGGCAAACCGAAUCAUCAUUGGUCUAAGUGCCCAGCUAACAAAGCAAAAUGCUAUCGCUGUGGACAAGUAGGGCAUUAUGGUAGGUGCUGUGCUCAUGGGGAAGUGCAAGAGUUGGAAAGUGAACACAGUCUAUGUCAUGCAUCUUCACAGCAGUCACCAUCAGGUCCACGGGAGUAUUACUUGGGAGAAGUGGCACUGGAAAUAUGCUCACAACCAUGGUAUGUGAAAGUGAAGUUAUUUGGGACAGAGCUUUCAUUCAAGGUUGAUACAGGGGCCGACGUAACGGUAAUUGGAGAGCAUGUCUGUCGGGAUCUAAAGGUAACAAUUGGUUCAACGAACAAGAAAUUGUUUGGGGCAGGAAAAAAUAGCAUUGAUGUGGUGGGUACUACAAUGGCAACACUGUCCUAUGGAAAUCAGGAAGUGACACAAGAAAUUUUUGUGGUCAAAGAGCAAAUGGUACCGUUACUGGGCCGUCCUGCAAUCAAGGCGCUCGAUAUUAUGUCUGUUAAGAAGGCAGAGGAGGUGACAGAGUCAAAACCCUGUUGUGUUGACAAAUUCUUGCCACUCUUUGAGGGUCUUGGCCAGUUUCGACGGGAGUACAACAUUCAGCUGCAGGAAGGGGCUAAGCCAUAUGCUGUCAUAGCACCACGACGUGUUCCGUUUCCCUUAAGAAACAAGGUAAAAGAAGAACUUGACAGAAUGGUUCACGAGGGUGUGAUAACUUCAGUUGAGGAACCAACCGAAUGGUGUGCACCUAUGGUCGUGGUACCCAAAAAGGAUGGUUCGGUAAGGAUUUGUGUCGAUUUUACUCAGUUGAAUAGAUUUAUACUCAGAGAGAGGCUACAGUUACCGUCUGUGGAAGAGUCGCUAGCGCAACUGCAAGAUGCCAAGUGGUUUUCAGUUUUGGAUGCGUCCAGUGGGUUCUGGCAGAUCCCGUUGUCACCAGCUAGUGCGCCAUACACAACUUUUAUCACACCAUUUGGGCGGUUUUAUUUCAAUCGGCUGCCAUUUGGGAUAAAAUCAGGCCCGGAGCACUACCAGCGACAAAUGCAGCAUCUGGUGUGGGGGAUGCCAGGUGUGGUGAACCAGGCAGAUGACAUUCUUGUUUGUGGCCGCACAGCAGAAGAACAUGACCAACGGUUGGAAGCGGUACUAGGUAAAUUAGUGGCGCAUGGUGUUACCCUUAACAAGGCUAAAUGUCGGUUUCGAGUGAAGACUGUGAAGUUCCUAGGUCAUGUCAUAUCAGAAGGUACGGUGGGGCCUGAUGCGGACAAGACCAAAGCUGUUAGUGACAUGCCAGAACCGACUAAUGUGACAGAAGUAAGAAGAUUUUUGGGCAUGGUGACGUAUUUAAUGAAGUUCAUUCCCAACCUUGCGGAAAAAACUCAGCCACUUCGAGUCUUGUUAUGUCAAGAUACAGAUUGGGUGUGGGACGCACCACAGCGGCAGGCAGUGAGGAACCUGAAGGAGGAAAUAGCCCAGCUCUCCAGGUUAGCUCUUUAUCAACAGGGGGCACAAGUGAGAGUUUUGGCAGAUGCAUCUUCCUUUGGCUUAGGAAGCGUAUUGGAGCAAUAUCAACAAGGUGCAUGGAAACCAGUGGCAUUUGCAUCUCGAAGUCUGAGUGAGGCAGAAUCACGAUACGCUCAAGUGGAAAAGGAGGCAUUGGCACUUACCUGGUCCUGCGAGAAGUUCAGAAAUUAUGUGUUGGGCACACGGUUCAUAAUAUUGACUGACCACAAACCGUUAGUGCAACUGCUGACUUCUACACCACUGACUGAGUUAACAGCGAGGCUGCAGAGGAUGAGGAUGCGUCUUAUGUGUUAUGACUACACUAUUGAACAUGUUGCAGGGAAAACGUUCUUUGUUCCGGAUGCAUUGUCAAGAGCUCCUGUGGAUCAGCCAGGUGAGGGGACCUCUGACAUUGUGGAAGAAGAGUUGUUUGUGGAAGCAGUCGUACGGGAAACACCAUUUUCAGACGUUGCACUUCAAACCAUCACAGAAGCACAGGACAGAGAUGAUGAAUGCCAGGUUCUGAAGGAUAAUAUAUUGCAAGGCUUUAGUAGCAAACACUCCCACUUCUGGCAGUACAGAGGACAGUUAACAUAUAGUAGAGGACUUAUCACUUUACACAUAGAAAUAUAG